GACAGCUGCUUACGCACAGGGAACAACAAACAACCAGCCCUUUUUUAUUUUUGUUUCUCUACAAAAUUCAAAUCAAUUUCUUCUAACAAUGGACGCUGGCGAGAGAUUAAUGGAGCUAAAGAAAGCUUAUGCGGAUAUCAUAUUGAAUACUGCAAAAGAAGCGGCGACACGGAUUAUGGUUUCGGAAAAGAAAGCGGUUCAGUUUGAAUACGAACUUAAGAAUUCGAAAGACGAUGCGGUUCGGAUGCUUACGAGACUUAAACAGAUGAUGGAUUCUAAGAUUCGUGAAGCGGCAAUGACAUCCUGUACACAACAAAAGAAAAUUGAAGAACUCGAAGCACAACUUCAGGAGGCUGAAGACAUAGUAAAAGACCUCAGGGAAGAGUUAAGAGCAGUUGAGAUAGAACUCGGGAGAUUCUCACAACUGAAAAAAUUAAAGCAUCCAGUACAAGCAGACAACACAAUAAAUCGUGAACCCAUUACAUUCCCUCCCUCAGAAGUUCAACCCAAUUUAUAUGUAGAUCAGACAAAUAAAAGCCAUAGACUUUAUAAUUCUUUAUUCCCUUUAAAGAAAUCUUUAAUUGCUAACAUUGAUUUACCGUCUAUAAUAUUGAGAAGCAAAGAAACUGAGCUGUACAGAAAUGCGUGUACCCAAAGAAUCCGUGCUUGCGAACAAACCACUUCGGAUACAAAGGUAUCAUAUUCUGUGCAAACAAAUGGCAUCAACCCCAAGUCAAUUACCAAGGAGGAUAAAGUAAUAGAGAAAGAUAUAGUUUUAGAGCAAGCAAACUAUAUGGAUAUAGCAUCUGAUAAUUCAUGUUUGACUUCUCCAAGUUCAGCCAAAUAUUUAACUGAUACGCCCGUUCAAGAGAACUCUGAUGAAGGUAGAGAGGAACAUAUGUCUAUUAAAUGUGAUAAUGAUGAUGCUGACUCGCCAUUAAUGAAUUCGAAGACAAAGGUGUCUGAGACUAACGAGGUUCCAAGUCAACCUUUGAUUGAUAGAGUUAUUAAGUACACUUUCGAAAGGAAGAGGAAAAGAGGAGCUUUAGUCAAUGGAAGUACUUCUAGCGAAAGGAGCGAGGAAGACCAAAUGGAUAAUGGUUCCAAGGUGAACUUGAUAGGAGAAUCAACUCCAGAAAAGUUACGGCUAGAACGGGUUGCACAUCAGUUUGUAUCUUUAUCAGAUAAGAAGUGGUGCUGCUGAACCGUGAGGAAAAAGCAGAUAGUUUUCGACCUUGAUAUCAACGACAAUGCUAUAUUCAAGGAAAACUUAUAUAUUCAUUAGCCCUUGUACAAACUGUAGUAUAUGCAAUAUUCUCUACUAGCUCGAAAUUUUCACUUCAAAUGUUAUGUUAGUUUCCUAAAUCAUGAAUGAUUUUGCAUAGUUACGGCCUUGGAAUGGGGCCAUUGUAUCGUGCUCCCUUGUUCAAAGUGGAAAGUUCAGGAAUCUCUUUUCUUCUAA